GUUUUUAUAAUUCAAUGGCCAAGAAAAAAAAAUUAACCGCUUUACAACAAGGUGAGAUCUUGUAUAGUCACAAUCAUGGUGAAUCAUAUUCAACUAUCGCUAGAAAUGUUAAAUAUGAAAAGACUACAGUUCAUGAUAUCUUAAAACGUGCAGAAGCAGGAACUACCGUAGUAAAAAAACGUCCAGGCCGAAAGCCUAUUUUUGACACACCCGCACUAGAAGAACUUAAAAGACUUGUUACACAAGAUACUAAUCAUCGUCGUCUAAGUGCUCGUGAAAUACAAGAAUUAUGGAAUAAGGAAAAAAAUCAAACCGUCUCCAUUUCUACAAUACGUCGUGCUUUGAAAAAAACUGGUCUUCGUUCAUGUGUUGCUCAUGAGUCUUUUUUUAGACAAUUUUCGUCAAGUCAUAAUAUCAGAGUUUGGCGUACCUCUGCUGAAGAAUUUGAUGAAUCAUGUCUUGUUCUUACUGUGAGUCGUAGUCCUGGUCUAUACACACAAUUUAUGAGAAAAUAUGCUAUGUCUGCUAUACAUCAACUAGUUCCUAAUAGAAAAGGCAUUUUUCAACAAGAUAAUACGCCCUCUCACAAAUCCAGAAAAGCUAUAGAUUUUUUUGAUAAUGCUGAUAUUUCCAUGUUACUCUGGCCACUGCAGAGCCCAGACUUGAACCCAUUAGAGAACCUUUGGCAGGAGGUUGAAAGCCGUUUACAUAGUUCUUUGGAUAAACCUACAAGUAUUGAAGAUUUGGAAGAAAAGGUUAAAGCUACUUGGAAUUCGAUUCCACCCAGAUAUUAUCGUGGGCUAGUCAAUAGUAUGCCCAAUCAG